GUCGCCCUGUGAUGAGAGCAUCAGCCCUCACUGCCACGUCUCCCGGGCAGCUGCGGCGGCGGCGGUGCGGGCAGCCGGCGGUGCGUAGGGCCGCUCCGAGGUCGGGCUCGCCCGCCCUCUUCUUUCCCUUCUGUUCCUUUUUUUUUUUUUUUUUUUUUCCUUCAACCCACAGGGCGGCCGCGGCCGCCCCGUCCCUGCUCCCGUCCCGCCGCGGCGGGGCAGCGGCGAAGCGGGGCUGCCCGGCGGGAGGAGGGACGCUCCGCGGGGCAGCACCAGCACCACCAGCAGCCUUCUCGUCCCGGGGCGGGGGGGGGAUCGGAGGGGCCGGCCGCCGGGCCGCUACCGCCGGUAAAGGGACCCCGCUGCCGGCCGAUGUCCGAGCCGCGCCGCCGCCCGCGCUUGGAUGUACCUGGGAAGGCUUCGGGAUCGUUGUCUGGGUCUCAGGGCACAGCCUGCUGCAGGCACUGGAAGUGGAUUCGUUCCUGGUCAUGCCCGGUGGAAGGAGGGGACCCAGCCGGCAGCAGCUAAGCCGUUCAGCUUUGCCUUCUCUCCAGACGCUGGUUGGCGGGAGCUGCGGAAACGGUACCGGUUUGAGAAACAGGAAUGGUAGUGCCAUCAGCCUCUCUGCGCCUCCGAUCACAGCGCUGAUUACUCCAGAGCCUGUACGUCACUGCCGGAUCCCUGAACUGCCAUUGGAUGGGAGCCUUCUCUUUGAAUUCCUGUUCUUCAUCUACCUACUGGUAGCCCUCUUCAUUCAGUACAUCAACAUCUACAAGACUGUCUGGUGGUACCCAUACAAUCACCCUGCUUCCUGCACCUCACUGAAUUUUCACCUCAUUGACUACCACCUGGCGGCGUUCAUCACAGUGAUGCUGGCGCGGAGGCUGGUGUGGGCCCUCAUCUCUGAGGCCUCUCAGGUGGGUGCAACAUCAGUGAUUCACUACAUGGUGCGCCUGGUGCUGCUCACCCUCUGUGGAUGGGUGCUCUGCUGGACUUUGGUCAACCUCUUCCGCAGCCAUUCUGUUCUCAACCUUCUCUUCCUGGGCUACCCGUUUGGUGUCUACGUUCCUCUGUGCUGCUUCCACCAGGACAGCAGAGCACAGCCCCUACCUGCAGACUGUGGUUACUUGGUACAGGACCAGAUGGUGGAUGAUGGGGCUUCAGCUGUCAACAGCCUGGUCAAACCCAAAGAUUUCCUUUCGCUUCUGUGGGAAUCCUUGAGAGAACAGUUCAAUAAUCCUACGUCUAUCCCCACCCACAGCUGCCCCCUUUCCCCAGAUCUCAUCCGCAACGAGGUGGAGUGCCUAAAAGCAGACUUCAACCGCAGGAUCAAGGAAGUUCUCUUCAACUCUCUCUUCAGUGCCUACUACGUGGCAUUCCUGCCACUGUGUUUUGUGAAGAGCACCCAGUACUACGACAUGCGCUGGUCCUGUGAGCACCUCAUCAUGGUGUGGAUCAAUGCCUUUGUCAUGCUCACCACUCAACUGCUGCCUCCCAAGUACUGUGACCUGCUCCACAGAUCAGCUGCCCACCUCGGCAAGUGGCAGAAACUAGAACAUGGUUCCUACAGCAAUGCUCCACAGCAUAUCUGGUCAGAAAACACAAUAUGGCCACAAGGAGUUCUGGUGCGACGUAGCCGAUGCCUGUAUAAAGCAGUUGGGCCUUACAACGUAGCAGUGCCUUCAGAUGUGUCCCAUGCCCGCUUUUAUUUCCUUUUUCACCGUCCAUUACGGCUGCUCAACCUGCUGAUUCUCAUCGAAGGCAGUGUGGUCUGCUACCAGCUCUACUCACUGCUGCGCUCAGAGAAGUGGAACCAUACCCUCUCCAUGGCCCUCAUCCUUUUCUGCAAUUACUAUGUCUUAUUUAAGCUCCUCCGGGACCGGAUAGUAUUAGGCAGGGCAUACUCCUACCCACUUAACAACUAUGGACUCAAGGCACACUAGGCCGGCCAAACGUGUACCGCUUCUCUUUCCCUUCCCCCAGGGCAGGGAGGGAACCUCAGAAAAAAAAAAUAUUUUCGUACAGUUCUAUUUUUUUCUUGCGGCGUUUAUAAAUAUUUAAAAUAUUUUAUAUUUUGUAUACUAUUGUUUUUGUGGGGCGGGAAGGGAACCAGUGGCAAUUAAAUGUCGCUUUAUAAACAAGGUGUUAUUUUAUAUAUAUCUAAAAAAAAAUCAGUGUGUAUAUACCGUAUAUCUAUACCCAUACAUAUAUCUAUGUGAAGCAA